GAAGGCUGCGGCAGUGGCCUACGACAGCUGCCCCCCGGGGGCGGGAAGGGUGACAGGAGACGAGGGGGGGGCGCGGGGAGACCCAAGAAGCCCCUGCGCCCCCCCCAGCACGACCUCGACAGAACCCAGAGAGCUGGGGAGGCAGAGCCCGGCAGCGGCGGCGGCUGGAGGCAUGUGCAGGGGGGGCCUGGGGUGCAGGGAGAGGCCCAGCGAAAGCCGAGCCACCAGGCCCCCCGGCGCCCGUGCGGAGCAUGAACAUUGAGGAUGGCGUGCGCCCGCGGCUCCCCGUGCCCCCCACUGCCGCCCAGUAGGAUGUCCUGGCCCCAUGGGGCCCUGCUCUUCCUCUGGCUCUUCUCCCCACCCCUGGGGGCCGGCGGGGGCGGCGUGGCCUUGACCCUGGCUGCUGGAGGGGGCUCCCCGCCAGCCACCUCCUGCCCGGCAGCCUGCUCCUGCAGCAACCAGGCCAGCCGGGUGAUCUGCACACGGAGAGAGCUGGCAGAGGUCCCGGCCAGCAUCCCUGUCAACACUCGGUACCUGAACCUGCAGGAGAACGGCAUCCAGGUGAUCCGAACGGACACCUUCAAGCACCUGCGGCACCUGGAGAUCCUGCAGCUGAGCAAGAACCUGGUGCGCAAGAUCGAGGUGGGCGCCUUCAACGGGCUGCCCAGCCUGAACACACUGGAGCUGUUCGACAACCGGCUGACGACGGUGCCCACACAGGCCUUCGAAUACCUGUCCAAGCUGCGGGAGCUCUGGCUGCGCAACAACCCCAUAGAGAGCAUCCCCUCCUACGCCUUCAACCGCGUGCCCUCGCUGCGGCGCCUGGACCUGGGCGAGCUCAAGCGGCUGGAGUACAUCUCGGAGGCGGCCUUUGAGGGCCUGGUGAACCUGCGCUACCUCAACCUGGGCAUGUGCAACCUCAAGGACAUCCCCAACCUGACGGCCCUGGUGCGCCUGGAGGAGCUGGAGCUGUCGGGCAACCGGCUGGACCUGAUCCGCCCGGGCUCCUUCCAGGGCCUCACCAGCCUGCGCAAACUGUGGCUCAUGCACGCCCAGGUGGCCACCAUCGAGCGCAACGCCUUCGACGACCUCAAGUCGCUGGAGGAGCUCAACCUGUCCCACAACAACCUGAUGUCGCUGCCCCAUGACCUCUUCACGCCCCUGCACCGCCUCGAGCGCGUGCACCUCAACCACAACCCCUGGCACUGCAACUGUGACGUGCUCUGGCUCAGCUGGUGGCUUAAGGAAACGGUGCCCAGCAACACGACGUGCUGUGCGCGCUGCCACGCGCCCGCUGGCCUCAAGGGGCGCUACAUCGGCGAGCUGGACCAGUCGCACUUCACCUGCUACGCGCCGGUCAUCGUGGAACCGCCCACGGACCUCAACGUCACCGAGGGCAUGGCCGCCGAGCUCAAGUGCCGCACAGGCACCUCCAUGACCUCGGUCAACUGGCUGACGCCCAAUGGCACCCUCAUGACGCACGGCUCCUACCGCGUGCGCAUCUCCGUGCUGCACGACGGGACGCUCAACUUCACCAACGUCACGGUGCAGGACACGGGCCAGUACACGUGCAUGGUGACGAACUCGGCCGGCAACACCACCGCCUCGGCCACGCUCAACGUCUCGGCCGUGGACCCCGUGGCGGCCGGCGGUGCUGCGAGUGGCGGAGGUGGCCCCGGGGGUGGCGGCGGCGGCGGAGGGGGCAGCGGCGGCUACACCUACUUCACCACGGUGACCGUGGAGACCCUGGAGACGCAGCCCGGAGAGGAGGUUCUGCAGACGCGGGGGACGGAGAAGGAGCCCCCAGGGCCCACGACGGACGGCGUCUGGGGUGGGGGCCGGCCCGGGGAUGCCGCCGGCCCAGCCUCGUCGUCCACCACGGCGCCCGCCCCGCGCUCCUCGCGGCCCACGGAGAAGGCGUUCACGGUGCCCAUCACGGACGUGACGGAGAACGCCCUCAAGGACCUGGACGACGUCAUGAAGACCACCAAGAUCAUCAUCGGCUGCUUCGUGGCCAUCACGUUCAUGGCUGCCGUGAUGCUCGUGGCCUUCUACAAGCUGCGCAAGCAGCACCAGCUCCACAAACACCACGGGCCCACGCGCACCGUGGAGAUCAUCAACGUGGAAGACGAGCUGCCCGCCGCGUCGGCCGUGUCCGUGGCCGCCGCCGCCGCUGUGGCUGGCGGGGGCGGCGUCGGCGGGGACAGCCACCUGGCCCUGCCCGCCCUGGAGCGCGACCACCUCAACCACCACCACUACGUGGCGGCUGCCUUCAAGGCGCACUACAGCAGCAACCCCGGCGGCGGGGGCUGCGGGGGCAAGGGCCCGCCGGGCCUCAACUCCAUCCACGAACCUCUGCUCUUCAAGAGCGGCUCCAAGGAGAACGUGCAAGAGACGCAGAUCUGACACCACCACCGCUGGGCGGGGGACUGGGCUCGGCCAGAUUGGCGCCCUCCCCGCAUCCCCAGGCCCCUCUGACGUCCGGGGAAGGUCGGGGAAGAUGGGAUCCGAGCCUGUCUGGACCCCAGGGCGGCUGGCCCAGCCACCUACA